AUGCCUCCAAACAGAUAUCUUAAAAAUAAACUGCCUACCCCACUUCCAGAAGGUUUGAUCCUAACUGACACAAGUAGAAAAUGUUGGAGAUUGGGAAAAGCUAUUGGACAAGGAGGAUUUGGAUUAAUAUAUUUGGCUUCUCCAGACUGCGAUAAACCAGUAACGGAAGAUGCCUUGCACGUUAUUAAAGUGGAAAACCACCAAAAUGGACCUUUGUUUUGUGAACUGAAAUUUUACCAAAGGGCAGUAAAAGAAGAAGAAAUGAAAAUAUGGAUCAACAAACAUAGACUUGAUUAUCUGGGGAUUCCCAAGUACUGGGGAUCAGGAGAAGUUACACACCUCUCAACAAGCUACAGGUUUAUGGUGAUAGAUCGACUUGGAGUGGAUCUGCAGAAACUGCUUGUGAGUAACGGUGGCACAUUUCCAUUAAGGACCAUUAUGCAACUAGGCAUUCGCUUGUUAGACAUCUUGGAAUUCAUACAUGAACAGGAGUAUGCACACGGUGAUAUCAAAGCAGCCAAUGUUCUUUUACAUUACACUGAUCCAAGUAAGGUUUAUCUUGCAGAUUAUGGACUUUCUUACAGAUACUGCCCCAAUGGGAACCACAAAGAGUAUAAAGAAAACCCAAGAAAAGGACCCAAUGGGACAAUUGAGUUUACCAGCUUAGAUGCUCACAGGGGAGUCGUCCUUUCCAGACGAGGAGACCUGCAAAUCCUUGCAUUCUGCAUGCUUCAUUGGUUAUGCGGAAAACUGCCCUGGGACCAGAACCUUAAGGACCCCACUGCUGUCCAUACUUCAAAAAAAAAGCUUUUGGAUGAACUUCCCCAAUCAGUCAUUGAAUGGACAGGAGGAGUGGAUGGAUGCCAUGAAAUCGCAAAGUUUAUGUCUGACAUCAACUGCCUGGCAUACACUGAGAAGCCAAAUUAUGGAGCCCUAAAGAAAAUCCUCUUGAAGGGAUUGGUAUUUACUGGAAAUAAUCUGGAUGCUCCAUUGACUUUUUCGCUAUUUAAGUCCACCCUUAAAGAUCCAAAAACUGUUAAACAUACAGAGACAGCGAAUGUACAAGUGAGUCAAAAUUACACAUUUCCUAAAACCAAGCAAGCAGUGAGAUUUCCAAACAUUGUUCAUGAUAAUCAUUCUUCUCAGGUUCAGCUGGAAAACCAUCACAAGGAUCAAGAAGACAUAUAUAAAUAUAGUUUAAUGAUUCCAGUGCUUUUGAUGCUGAUAUUUAUUGUUCUGUAUUUUUUUUGA